GGAUAGUUAUUGAAAACUCCUUCACAUGUGAGCUCAAUGUCUCUAAAAGUCCCAUUUAAACAUAUUUUAUUGUUUACUCUUUAUUUUGCAUCCUUCAUCCAUUUAACUCGUUACCACUUUCCAACGAUUUAUAUAACUUUAGCUGCUUUUACGUGUGUUUUCUACUUCUAUUCAAUGAUUUAAUAUUCUGUACAACCCUUUCAUUUUCACAUCUUUCAUACAUCAAUAGUUGUAUAUACAUUUGAGAAUAAUUCCUACUACUUUGCUACUUUUCUUCUUACACAUUAGUCAGCAGUGAAGUGUUGUGUGCUUUUUAAAAUCUAUCAUCUGUGGCAGACUUUUGUCAAGCAAGUGUUUUGACAUUCCUGCAUUUUCAGGUAUGAUUUGCAAUGAUUUUUGUUAUAGCUUUCAACCUUUACACACAUUUUCAGCAUUAGUUAAAAGCUGUUUUCUAAUUAACACGGAAAUAAAGUAGAAAGUACAUCUCACGUUCUUAGUAUUUCAAGCAACUCCAUUUAUUUUUGAUAAUGCUCAUGUUGAUUUGAGUUCCUAAUUUCAAACUUCCCUUACAGUUUUAAAGGUCCCUGAUCCUCUGCAACCAUGAUCACAUUGUUAAGUGUUGCCAUUGUUGCCGCAUUGUUCUUGGAAAGCCACCAGCGGGUUGCCGGUCCUUACCUCUUACCUGCAGAAGUUCCAGAGAUGAAGCCAAAAUGCUGGACUGACUGGUUUGACAGAGAUGACCCCACUGGAACUGGAGACUGGGAAACCUUCUCCGAUCUUUACAACGACAACCCUGGAAAGAUCUGCCCUGAACCACAGGGUAUGGAGGCCACGACUCUCUCUGGACUCAGUGUGGCCGCAGCAGGGGAGGUGAUUUUUAAAAAUGACGCCACUUCAGGAUUCGUCUGCAGAAACGUUGAUCAAAUCCAAAAGAAGAUGUGCAGUGACUACCGUGUUCGUUUCAGCUGCCAUUCCCCUUUCUGUGGUGGAGGAGUGUGCUGGACCGACUGGUUUGACCGUGACAAUCCCAGUGGCACAGGGGACUGGGAGCUUUUGAGUAACCUGAGGAAAGAAUACCCAGGAAAGAUCUGUGAAUACCCUCUGUACAUUGAGGCCGUUACCAGUGACACGAUGCCCCCAGCCAUCUCCACAGAGGAGAACUUCUAUAUCUUCAAUCCGACUCAGGGAUUUGUUUGCCGCAACAAGGACCAGAGAAAGCGCAUGUGCCGUGACUACAAAGUUCGCUUUGGGUGUCCUUGCAGAAGAAACCCGUGGAGCCGUGUGGCAUAGUGGGCCCUUGUUUCUAGGUGUUUGGGUCAGGGGGUCACAGGUUCAAACCCCAUGUUACGAUUAUUGUGUUAUGUCACGUUUUGUAUGUCUUGUUUUGGGUGUUUUGCUGUUCUCCCUGUCUUGUUUUCC